AUGCAAGUACAUUGCGAGAAGAUAAAUCAUCCCGUGAUGCCUGGAGAUGAAAUUGCUUGUUUGACAACGGCCGAUACUCGUCGUAAUAAAUUGUCAUCAUCAAAUUCUUCGGAACCUUCCACAACAACCAUGGCCACAAUUCAACAAUCGGGAAUUAUUAAAAUUGGACCAGGACUAUUUCAAACAGAAAAUAAUAUUAUUGCAACAAAGGCUGGAGUCUUGAGGCUAGUUCCACCGAAUAGAUAUUUUGUAGAUAAUAAUCAACAUCGUUAUGUUCCGAUGGUUGGGGAUAUGGUGAUCGGAGUUGUUAAAGAUAAAGUGCCUGUCGAACAAUAUAGUGUGGAUAUUUUGGCUCAUCAGGGAUUGGCGUUAUUGCCAUUUGUUGGCUUUGAUGGUGCCACCCGAAGGAAUAGACCUGAUUUGGGCCCUGGCUCACUUGUUUAUGCACGUGUUACUUUGGCAAACAAAGAUUUAGAUAUUGAAAUAACGUGUGAAAGCGCACCCGGAAUGAAAAAGAAAGAUUGGAGCACUGGAAAAUCUGUAUUUGGUGAAUUAAAAGGAGGAUAUGUGGUGGAGUGCUCCCUAGGAAUGGCUAGAAAAUUAUUAGACCCAAAUUGUUACCUUUUAAAAUUAAUUAGUGAAUACGUGAGCUUUGAAGUAGCAGUUGGAUUGAAUGGAAGAAUAUGGAUUAAUUCAGAAAGUACAAAUGAUACAGUUUUAAUAGCGAAUGCAAUUCAGAAUUCGGAACACUUGACAUAUGAACAAGUUGUACAAAUGUUAACAUUCCUUUUCAAAACAAAGAAAAAGACAAAGUGA